CCAGGAGAGCGCGUGUGAACCAUGCACUAGCAAUAUGCCUUUUGACUUGACAAAAAUACGUGAAUAUUUCAACUGUUCAAAUUGUCCUCCCUGGAAACAUAAAAAAGACGGAGAAAACGGAGACAACCGUGAGACACAUGACGGAUACAACAGCGAUACAUUUUCAGAGGGUGAAGACCAAGAAGCUGAGGGAGAACCUGAACCCACGAAAUAUUUCCCUCACAACUCCACAAAGAGAAAUUUGCCGCCUCUGCCACUGCCACCAACGGAUGAAAAUCUAGGCAUCUACAAGGCGCUGUGGCCGUUCGAUGCGCGGGCAAAGGAGGAAUUAUCUUUUCAGACAGAUGACUUGUUUAGAGUUACAGAGCGGACAGGGGACUGGUGGAAAGCGGAGAAACUCGUCAAUGGAGAGGUGGUGGCCAGCGGUGUUGUACCCUAUAAUUAUCUUGUUAAAGGAGACACAUUAGAAUCUCAGCCGUGGUAUUUUGGAAAGCUAAGUCGAUUUGAGGCCCAAAACCUCCUCUUCACCUCUACAAAUCCUGAAGGUGCAUUCCUGGUGCGGCACAGUGAGAAGGAUGAAGUGGGAUAUGUCUUAUCUGUGAAGGCAGAUGAUAAGGUGAAGCAUUUCCAGAUCUUCCAGGGAGAGGAGGGGUUGUUCUAUGUGGUUUCGAAUCUGAUGUUCCCAGAUGUGGAGGCCCUGGUGACGCACUACAGAAGCCACUUGCUGUCCACCGUCCAGAUUACAGAGGCCUGUGCCCAGAGGAAGCCAGAGCCACAGGAUCUUUCCCAUGCGACAGUGGAAGACUGGGAACUUCCCAAGGCUGAGUUCACUCUUGAAGAGCAGCUGGGCUCAGGUUACUUUUCAGAGGUGUACCGUGGAAAGUGGAAAGGCGUUAAUGUUGCUAUCAAGGUCCUGAAGAAAAAUGAUGCCCUGGAUCACCGUGAGUUCCAUCUGGAGACGCAGAUUCUGAAGAGGUUGAGGCACAAGCACCUCAUCUCACUCUUUGCCAUCUGCACCGAUGCCAUGCCCUUCUACAUCAUCACCGAGCUCAUGGCGAAGGGCAACCUGCUUCACUUCCUCAGAGAUCCAGAGGGACAGAGUAUGGACUUACUCUCCCUGACGAACAUGGCCAUUCAGGUGUCCGAUGGCAUGGCCUACCUUGAGUCAGAGAACAGCAUCCACCGUGACCUGGCCGCACGAAAUGUCCUGGUGGGAGAGGGAAACAUCUGCAAAGUGGCAGACUUUGGCCUUGCUCGAGUCAUCAAGGAGCCAUUUUAUGUUUCGGAUGACAAGAAGAUCCCGUAUAAGUGGUGUGCUCCGGAAGCCAUUAGCCACGGAAGGUUCUCGAACAAAUCAGAUGUCUGGUCGUUUGGAAUACUGCUCUUUGAAAUCUUCAGUUAUGGAGGAUCACCAUACCCAACUUAUGCAACCCAUGAGAUAUUCCAGCUCAUCAGCAGCGGAUAUCGGCUGCCUUGCCCAUCCAAAUGUCCAAGGCACAUUUAUGAUAUCAUGCUGAUGUGCUGGAGCGAUUCGCCAGAGGAACGACCCGACUUUAAGGAGCUCCGAUCCCUUUUGCAGUCCUCUUGUCGCUACGAUGAGUGUACCCCAGAGAGCUGUGUUGACGAUCCAGAGGCACUAGGGGGCAGUGAUGAGUGAGAGACAGAGCAGGAUGCAACCACGUCUAGGGAGCAACCACACGGUGGCAGCCGUUGGAGAGAGACUUCACAUCCAUUGCACACAUAUGGGUUUAAGAACUGGGGUUCUGGGGUUCUGGUGGUGCCAUGUGGGCUCUGUGGCAGACCAAUAUGCGACAUGAACUAGGCAAACACCUCCGCCACAUUCCUUUCAGCCUUCGCCACAUUCCUUUGAAGAUGUUGUGACAUGUAUUACUGUUUGGAUCUGCGUGAGAAUGCCAGUGCCUGUCUGGAACAAUGUUGUUCUUAAACUCUCAAACAGGAUCUAGAAUGUGUGUUUUUUUCUUCUGAAAACAUGAAUCUGAAUCUGAAUUACCAGAAUGUGUUAAGUAAUAUAUUAUAUAUAAUUAAUUAAUUGUGAUGAUCAUUACAAUGAUCGGUAACAUUUUACUUGAAGGUAUAUACAUAAGAGUGACAUGACACUGUCAUAACUCUAACCCUAAGCCUAAGCUUAACCCUAACCCUAACUUGUCAUGACAAAAACUGAAUGACACUUUGUCAAAAUUCUGAAUGACAAAAACCGAAUGACACGUUUAUGACUUGUUUAUAAUGUUUAUGACUUGUUUAUAAUGUUUAUGACACGUUCACGACAGUGUCAUGUAAUUGUUAUGUAGAUACAUUCAAGUAAAGUGCAACCCAAUGAUCUUCCUUUCACUACCUUUUAAUUGAUAACCCUCUGAAUGAUACCUGCUUAUACUGCAAGCAUAAUGUAUAUGUUGAACAGUAGGUACUUUUGAGCCACUGCUGUCUGAAAUGGGGCCUUGAUAACAAAACAAACCCAUGAUGAUUACAUCAUACAUAUACUACAAUAUAAUGUGACAUGAAUAUUACUCAGUGACAUAUAAUACAUUGACAGAUGAAAAUGCA